UUGCCAUUUUUACUUCAGCUCGGUUAGUACUAGAGUCGGCUGUGGAUUUCGCCUUAUAUAGGGUUUUCCAUAGGGGAAAUUUUGACCUAAAAGUGAGAAAAGUGUUUUAUUAGUGGAAAAGUUGAUAAUCGAACUUUGAGAGGAGGAGAGUGGUCGAUAGUGGUGCGUUUUCUCUCCUGGGCUGAGUUUUCUCGGUCCAGGGAUAGAUCAGCGGAGGGAGGGGUCCCUCCCAAGUGGCAGGGCCAUGCCACAUGCUUGGGAGUAGAAGGCGAAAAACAAAAGAAGGACAGAGAAGUAAAAGCAAGAGUUGUGGUGAAAAUGAGGAUGUGCACAUGGACAAAAAUAUAAACAUGGAAAAGCCGAAUAGUGAUGGUGAGUGGGAAAUUGAAUUUUUGGAAGAAGACGUUGAAGCAAGAGAAUUUUUUGCGGGAAAAACGGUUAAUGCAAAAACACCUCAGUGGGAGCUGAAGGUGGCGGAAAUCGUUGCGGAGUUUGAACAUAGAGAACUAGUUGGAGAAUCAACCAAUCAAAAGGAGCCACGCAUGGCACCGAUGGAAAGGACUGUGGAACUAUUGGAUACAGAAGUUGGCAGCAAUGAGAAUGAAAAAGGAAAACCGUUAGGAAUUGGAAACGUCGCACAUGGAAUCGUAUUGGAAAGAACUGAACGAACAAAGGUAGAAUCGAGUAGGAAAAGACUGAGGAUAACGAGUGAAGAAGACACUGAGGAAGUUAUACAAGGUAAAAAGAAGGAUGAUAAACAUCCUAUGGAGGAGGAAGGUUUACCUAAUACUCUAAAUGAUAUAGAUAAGGACAAUACGAACGUGGAAAAAGAAGGACUAGAAUCUAUAAAGGACAUCGAGAACGUGGAAGUUUUUGAGGGGAACGGAUCGCUGAAGUGAAGAAUUAGCCAGUAAAGAAUACAUGGUCACGGUGGUGCUAAAAAAAGAGGCAACGAGUAAAAUGAAGCGCAGAAAUGUGAUUAAAAUAUAUAGACAAAUUAAGAACAAGGGAAGGGCUUUGAGAGGGUUUAAAAUGGUUGCUUUUAAUAGGGCGGAGCUGGUGUUCAGUGAAAUGGCGGCAGCUAAUGUAAUCUUGAGGAGAGCGGACGCCGGAAAUGUAUGCU